GCGGCUACCCACGGCAAAGCUUAAGCCAAAACAUUCAAUAAAUGCGCCACGGCAAGCAAUCCCGGCAGCUACUAUCACGGACACUAGCUGCUAUUAGUUUGUGCUUGCCACAAAUCUAAGCCAGUUUUAAAUUAACAUACACAUAUAAAACCACUUUGUGGCCAUGGCUGUAGCGCAUCUAGAGAUAUCAAGCUACCGGGAAAUGGUCAAUACAGCCACUAACGAGACCGCCCGGCAGAUGCAAGCACUUUUCAAUUUCUACCAUCUGCGCAAUCUUCCUUUUAAUUAUUCCGAACGGCCCCCGGAAGCGGUUGACCUGAGCUUCGGCUGGCGCUUCGGUCUGGUGGCCGGUAUUAUUGUGUGGUCGACUGUUGGGGCGCUCGCUCUGAAUGGGAUUGCGAUUUAUCACGUGUUGAUUGCCGAGAAGGAUCCCGUGGAAAGACGCUCUCCGCGCAGUUUAUUGCUGGCCAAUGCUUGCAUCCUUAACAUAAUUUUCACGCUAUCGGUAUACAUUUGGGAAGCACUGUUUCUGGUUAAACAUUUGUGGAUGUUUUCUUUAGGAUGGUUCGUGUUUUGUGUGAACAUGGAGGAGGUGUUUGCCGGCGCGAUCAACGCGAUAACGGUUUGCCUGUGUCUCUGUCAGCUGCUGGAAGCGGUGGUGACCACCUACAAGCGGGCUUUCUGGAUCAGCAUGACCGUGUUGUUGAACGUGUUGCCGCUGUUGUACAGUACGGCGUCCGCGGUGCCCUUGCUCAUUAAGCAGCAUUUUAUCUUGGUGUAUUAUGCUGAUGGCGUGGUUGAUAUCGCCCAGUGGCACGGUUCGACCAAUGUUAUCAAAUACGCCCGGCAUGUUGUUUUCUCCGAUCUGGUGCUGCCCUUCGUUUUAUCUUUCAUCUUUUUCGUCACAACUUUGGCUAUUCACGUCACACGCAAGCCCCGCCCCUCCUACUCACGCAUGGGCAGCCGGGAGAGCGCUGUCUUUUGGCGCGCCGAACAACCGGACGACAGUCUGGACGACGAUGUCUUCCACGAAGAAACUCACAGCGAUACCUCCAGCUCUGAACAGCUGGAUGCAUCCUGGGACAGUGUGGCACCGGUGAUCAAAAAGCCACAGCCGCCCCGCCCAGCCCCCGAAAAGAAGCCGGCAUUACGCUCACCGUCCAAAUCCGAGCAAGUCAAAGCCAACAUGCGAGCGUUUGACUGGGUACCGGGUGCAUUUCUCCUGAGCAGUAUCCUGUGCGAUUCUCCGUAUUAUACCAUGUUCUACUUGGGGGUGGUGAACAGAACGCCCUUUGUCCGAGAAGUAUAUGCUCUGCAUGUGUUGCCGCUGUUCCUCCGCCCGGCCAUGAUUAUCUGGGCGAAGCACAUGGAAAUCAAGCGCCGACAGCAGGAACUGCAAUAGGAAGCGCUAACAGCCUUAUAGCUGACAUUGCUAGAAAUGUACCAGUGUGACUCUGCUGCGGCGCCAUGUUCGUUUGUUUGUUUGUUUGUGUUUGUUUGUGCCAUGCUGCUGUGUACUAAAAUUAAUAGUUAAAUUAAUCUGGUGUUGUAUUGCAGUACAAUUUCACAUGUGCACCAGCUUCAUUGCUCGGUUCUUUAAUUACUUCCCAUGACAGAAGUAAAAUUUAAAACCUUUUU